CUCUCUCUCUCUCUCUCUCUCUCUCUCUCUCCUCCUCUGUCUUUGUGUCCUGCGGUGGGAUAAGCGCUGAGAGGAUGAGCCCCUGAUACAGCGCCGAACCUGAGUGACCUGACAGCUCAAACUAAUCUCAUCCAACCAAGGAGCAAUGCUGCCAGCUGAAUAUUAGCUCCAAGAAGCAGUGGAGAGCGUCCAGUGUCCUGCCACGAGAAAAACGUCUUAUCUGAUCUGGUUGAUCGGACACAGUUACUCGCCACGCUCUGACUGGCCCUUUCUCCCUUCAGACCCUGAGAUUCGUGUGGCAGCGGUGAGUGACCACAGCUCAGCCACAGCCCACCUUACAUGGAGACCCCGAGCUGGGCAGAAACCAAACCAGGAAACGGGCUGUGCAAAUCCGGAAGCAUUGCUCUCUUUGGAAACGUAGUUUACAGUGGGCUGCUGAACGAUCACUUCUGGCAUUUUGGGGUUCCCCUCGUCACAAGACUGGGUAACCAGGAGGCCCCAGCUCCUCCAGAGGCCAUGGCUCAGCCGUAUGCUCCAGCGCAGUACCCCCCUCCACCGCCCCAGAACGGGCUGCCGGGCGAGUAUGCCCACCCGGGGCAGGAGUACACAGGGCCCAGCCCGGUGCCGGAGCACGCGGCUGCCCUCACCAUCUACACACCCACACAGACACACAGCGAGCCGCCCGGCACCGACAGCAGCACACCCUCCCUCACAGGGACCAGCAGCAUACCACAGGCGGACGAGGUGGCGCAGACGGAGGGCUCCCAGCAGCUCCAGCUCCAGCCUUCAGACUCGUCGGAGAAGCAGCAGCCCAAGCGGUUGCAUGUCUCUAAUAUUCCCUUCCGCUUCCGUGAUCCAGACCUGCGGCAAAUGUUCGGGCAAUUUGGGAAAAUUUUAGAUGUGGAAAUUAUUUUUAACGAGCGGGGCUCUAAGGGUUUUGGUUUUGUAACUUUUGAAACGAGUGCAGAUGCGGAUCGCGCACGGGAGAAACUAAAUGGUACAAUCGUAGAGGGACGCAAAAUCGAGGUAAAUAAUGCAACAGCAAGAGUAAUGACAAACAAAAAAGUGGCUAAUCCCUACACAAAUGGCUGGAAGCUGAACCCAGUGGUGGGAGCUGUCUAUGGUCCUGAAUUUUAUGCAGUCACGGGCUUCCCGUACCCAACCACAGGGGCCACAGUGGCGUAUAGGGGUGCCCACUUGAGGGGCCGGGGUCGUGCGGUUUACAACACGUUCCGUGCUGCUCCUCCGCCUCCUCCAAUUCCCGCUUAUGGAGCUGUGGUUUACCAGGAUGGUUUCUACGGUGCUGAGAUCUACGGCGGCUAUGCAGCGUACAGGUAUGCCCAGCCAGCCGCAGCAGCCGCAGCAGCUUACAGUGACAGUUAUGGCAGAGUCUAUGCAACAGCAGACCCCUACCACCACACGAUUGGACCUGCAGCCACGUACAGCGUGGGCACUAUGGCUAGCCUAUACAGAGGAGGGUACAGUCGCUUCACUCCCUACUAAAGACAGAAAACCCAUCCCCAGACAAAACAAAAAGCAAACAAAAAACAAACAACCCACCACCUCCUCCCCGGGAAAACUAAAUAGAGCAAAAUGCUUCCGGGUUUCCGCCGACCCUACCUUGAACACCCUUUCAA